UAUUUCUUUAUUUAUUGCUAACCUUACAUUUCUCUCUCCUCAUUCUCUCUCUCUCUCUAACAUCUUAUCCAUAUAUGCUUGCACCCUCUUACAACACAAGCACAAAAUGGAAGAACUCACCAAACUAGCUAAACUGUUCUUCAUACUCUUGGCCUUCACAUUUGCUGCUCAACAAAUACAAGUUAAUGAAACAGAAGCUAGGGUGUUGGAGUCCUCACAAACUCGAAGAGAUCAAAGAAUAAAGGGUGACAAUGAGGCAUGGAGAAUGAGGAAAUCAUGGAGAGCCAUGAUUGGAUCAACAGCACCAACUUGCACUUACAAUGAAUGUAAAGGAUGCAAGUACAAAUGCAGAGCUGAACAGGUUCCUGUGGAGGGGAAUGAUCCUAUCAAUAGCCCUUAUCAUUACAGAUGUGUUUGUCAUAGAUGAUUGAAACAUUGGUUUCUUGUUCAAGGAUGUAAUCUUUUGUUCAGACAGAUUAAGCAGAUUUUUGUUUACCUUCACUCAUCAACAAUUAGUACAAUCUUCAUUUCUUU